AUGCAAUCCCAUCUUACGAGGCACGUUUUUCGUGCCAUUCUAAACAAUGAGCCUCUCUGCUCGACGCGAUGCCGCCAUCAAUUCUUGCAUAUGGCCUCGAAUCCCCGCUCUAGAAGGACGCGUCUUCCGUGCUCGCACUUUACACAGCGACGGAGCCUUUUUGCAUUCGGUGCUCCCCAGUCCGUGGAGCAGCCGACGGCACUACCGUCAGAAACAGGGUUGAAGGAGAUGAGUGAUCUGAUAAGAGCCAUGUCAAAAAAACGCCGGGCUCCCCCCAACGAGGUUCUUACAAAAGCAUUUCAAGAUUUUUUCGCGGCACGGCUUGAACAUGCGGGGGUUAUCACAGGGUUUCAAGCGCACCUGCUCCUCAGUACAUGGAAAUACCUCAAAGCGCAGCAAGAGGAACUCGAGUCGACGGAAUGGUCGGCGGUCUUUUCAACCGAAGCUCUCGAGAGCAUACUGUUGGUUCUCUCCGAGGCAGAGUGUCUGCCCGAGUCUGCACCGAUUGUUCGAAAACUCGCUCGGUUUGCUUUCCUGGAAAUCUGUUCUCAUUAUGGAUUCGACGCCAAUCCAGUCAGCCGUUCUACACUUAUCACGUAUAUAAAUCUUCUCAGCUCGAACGGCGACCCGGAUGAAGCUGCUCAGGUUUUUGAGAAAUUCUCGCUCCAGUUACGUGAUUGUAAUCAGUCGCCCUGGCUGGCGGUGAUGAAAGGAUUCGCCUUGAAGGGCGAUUGGCGCCGGAUUCAACGGAUCACGAAAAUGCUUGAAACCCAAGGCUCCAAAUUCGAUGCUGUAUCACACGAAGAGCUUAUCAAGAUUCUCAUCGGUCAGAAUCUUCUGACAGCUGCCAAGGCUAUAUACGAUUGCGCAAUCUCCGAUGGCCAGGAGCCUUCCUUGUCUACAAAGGCAAGGGUCAUUAAAUUUGCACUUCUCAACUCCGAGGUGGAGUGGGCAGGCUUUAUCUUUCAAACACUUCCACAAACGCCCACUGCUGAGACAUUGAAUACCAUGUUGCUCUGGGAUGUGGCACAUGGUAAGAAAGCAUCUGAUAUCUCCGAUUCCCUCCAGGAAUUGGUGAGACAGGACCCGGAAGUUCGGAGUUUCCUGAAUAUCUCAACUGUCAACGAUUUAGUUGAGUACGCAAACAGCAGCGGCAAUCCGCAACUAGCGGCUGAAUUCGCAGCAUUGGCACAUCAGUGGGGUUUAGAGUUUGAUACGACAACACGUCUGCUACAAUUGGAGUCGCGCAUCCAAGCCAGGGACAUUAGUGGGACUUUUCAGUCUUUACAGGCCUUGGACCAUACCAGCACUAUGGCAACGGAGAAUCUCCCCCUGAUGAACAAGCUGAUCACGAUGCUUUGUCUGUCGGGUUCCAAGGAUGCUCUUUUUGAUCAGAUUUCAUUGCUUCUAGACCCACUGUUUGAAAGCGAUAUUCGACUGGAAGCAAGAACUGUGGCAGCAUUAACUCAUAUGUUGCUAUAUCGACACGACUGGGAUGCCGUAUCGGAGCUUCUCCGCCCACGACUCGGUUUGUACGAGUCCGAGGAGAGAAAUGAGAUCCGAGACGCAGUCCUUAAGUUUGUGCUAGAUCUUGACCAAGCGAGCGAGGAUGCUUGGGAGGCAUAUGGUCUCCUACAGAUUGCAUUCCCCGAGAUGAGCGUCGGUAUCCGAACCGACAUCAUGAGUUGCUUCUUCAAACGGGAAAAAAGUGACCUAGCAUGCAUGGUCUUUGGGCAUAUGCGACAAGCCGAUACCCUUUCUCAGAGACCCAAACCGGACACGUACGCACGGUGUUUCCAGGGGAUUGCGGGCACCGCUGAUCCGACAAACCUUGAACUGGUGCACAACAUGCUGAAGCUCGACCUGGAGGUCGAUCUUGAUACGCGAAUCCUCAACGCGCUGAUGCUCGCAUAUACCGCCUGCGAGAUGCCGGAGAAGAGCAUGGAGAUUUUCCGUGACAUCCUUCAGACUGACGAAGGGCCCAACGCGACCACGAUCGCAAUCUUUUUUAAAGUCUGCGAAAAGCAUCACAAUGGCACCCAGGAGGCGAUGAAAAUGAUGAGCAAGAUCAAGCUGUUGGAGAUACCCGUCGACCGCAAGCUGUACUCAGCCUACAUCGAGGCCCUGGCGGCACAGUGCGAGUUUGACCAGGCUACCGACGCCAUCAACAAGAUGCAAGAUGAAAUUAGCUUCUCGCCAACUCGCACCACUAUCGGUCUCUUCUACAACGCAAUCCCAUACCCAUACUGGAAAGACCAGGUCGAGGCAUGGGCUAAAACAAACUAUCCUGAACAGUGGGCUCAGCUGGAACCCCUGAACCGCACUGAGCACGAGGAAGGGUUGCAAUUCGAUAGUAUUAGCAGUCCUGUGUAUAUCUAG